GAGCAGGCUUCUUCCUUGCUGAGUGGCCUUUCAGGUUAUGUCGAUAUAGGACGUUUUACUGUGGAUAUAGAUACUUUUGGACCUGUUUCCUUCAGCAUCUUCACAAGGUCCUUUGCUGUUGUUCUGGGAUUGAUUUUCACUUUUCGAACCAAAGUACAUUCAUCUCUAGGAGACAGAACACAUCUCCUUCCUGAGCGGUAUGACGGCUGCGUGGUCCCAUGGUGUUUAUACUUGCGUACUAUUGUUUGUACAGAUGAAUGUGGUACCUUCAGGUGUUUGGAAAUUGCUCCCAAGAAUGAAUCAGACUUGUGGAGGUCUACAAUUUUGUUUCUGAGGUCUUGGCUGAUUUCUUUUGAUUUUCCCAUGAUUUCAAGCAAAGAGGCACUGAGUUUGAAGGUAGGCCUUGAAAUACAUCCACAGGUACACCUCUAAUUGACUCAAAUGAUGUCAAUUAGCCUAUCAGAAGCUUCUAAAGCCAUGACAUCAUUUUCUGGAAUUUUCCAAGCUGUUUAAAGGCACAGUCAACUUGGUGUAUGUAAAUCUCUGACCCACUGGAAUUGUGAUACGGUGAAUUAUAAGUUAAAUAAUCUGUUUGUAAACAAUUGUUGGAAAGAUUACUUGUGUUAUGCACAAAGUAGAUGUUUUAACCGACUUGCCAAAACUAUAGUUUGUUAACAAGAAAUUUGUGGAGAGGUUGAAAAAUGAGUUUUAAUGACUCCAACCUAAGUGUAACUUCCAACUUCAACUGUAGCUAGUUGUCCAAUGGUGCAAUGGAAAAAAUAAUAACUCGCUUAUAGAAGAUGAGUGUAGAAUGGAUAGGGGUGUUUCCAUUAUCCCAGCCACACAUCUUCCAAAAAUGUAGAGGAGUCACUUAACGCUCAGUAUUUUUAGCUUGGGCGAACGCAUGUCAAGUCUGGCCCCCAUGUCUCUCUCUUUGUCUCUCUCGCUGAGCCCUGACUGGCGGCAUCUGCCCUCUCAUAUCCCCCUGAGCUGCCCACACCCUAGAGAGGAGGAGCCUCCAUGUCCUUUUGCAUUUGACCUGGGUGAGGGACCAGUAGCACGGUGAGUCUCUUUGGCCGAGGUGUCUGCUGCCCUCCAUGGCCCAAUGAUCCAGCAAGCAAACCCUUCCUAACACCUGCUGGUCUGACAAGUCUCAGGUCGAAGCUACCUAGAGGCCUGGUUAUCCUUUCUGCGGUUUCUACUGACCACUAAGAAAAACAAAGAUUUCUAACCUCAACCCUUUCCCUUUGGAUCCGAGACGAGGCGGUUGACGACACCAACCAUGGCUGAUAAACUGGGUCUGGCUGUGGGGGACGACACGACGUCCAUCAUGGCGCUAUUGGAGCGUGUGGCGGGCAUCAUUGACAACGUGCAGACGUGUCAGACACGUAUGGAGGAGAGGCAGCUAGAAUUGGAGAACAGCGUCAAGACCAUCCAGGAGGACGUGGUGAAGCUGACGGUAAACCACGCCGCCACCAGCAGCACGGUGGACAAGCUGCUGGAGAAAACACGGACGGUCAGCUGCCACAUCAAGGAUGUCCGGGUACGGGUGGAGAAUCAGAACAUCCGCGUCAAGAAGGUGGAAAUAACCCAGGAGGAACUGUUGGCCAAGAACAAGUUCCGGGUUGUUAUCUACCAGGGUGACAGUGAGGUGCCAGCUGUGGCAGCCGGAAAGGAACCCAAAGGACCCAGUCAACCCAAGGCACCCAAACCGUCGGCGGCCGAAGUGGAGCCAGACCACUUUGAGCUCCCCCCUGAGUCUGAUGAGGAGUACAUGGUGGUGGAGGAAGCCUCGUCCACAGCCGCCAAGAUGAAGAAAUCAGGCCUGAGUCGCAUCGAGAGCUUCAAAUCUACCUUCUCCCGCGCGAACAUGACCAAGACGAAAGAGAACAUGAACAGCAAGGUUGGCCAGAUGGGUGAGCGCAUCGUAUCGACUGAGCGCCGGGAGAAGAUCCGCCAGUCUGGCGAGAGGCUCAAGCAGUCCGGCUCGCGGCUCAAGGAAUCUAUUGCCAGCCAUGUGCCAGCCAAACUGAAGAAGGAGAGGACUGUGGCGGAGGGCCAGGAGGGGGCCGAGGGGGUCACUGAGGGUGCCGCACCCAUCCCGCCACCCAAGGGACGCAAAUCCGCAAGCCCUGACCUCGCCUACACGGAGGUGACCAAGGAGGCUGAGGAUGGAGAGGAUGAGGUACCGAUAAAUGAUAUCAAGCAGCUCUCCUAAAACAGCGGUCAAGAAACUGAAAAACAACAACAUACAUGUUAUUUUUCCUUGUUUUCAUUUUUUUUUUUAGGAUUGGCCUGUGACCCAUAGUCCCAGUAGUCCCGGUCCCAGAAACAGGCCAGUUAGGGUGUCAACACGAUGAGUUUAUAUAAUCCACACACUCCUGUAACAUUUGUAAGUCAUCUUUGUUUUGGGAAUUAAAGGAUUUAUAUAGAACAAGUAAAUAUAUAUAUAUUUUUUUCUUUUUUUCCUGUUUACAUUAGACAUGGACUUUCAAGUAUUCAAAACAAAUAAACUGAAAAGAAUUACAGCAAGUUUGAGGGAUUGGACAUUUUCUACAGACUUUCAACAUCUUCAUAAUCAACAUACUUACAACAUAACGGACAUUCAAUUGUCGUUAAUUUGCAUGUUGAAAGGCUGAAUAUGGGAUGUUAAGGCUAAACUACUGAAAUGAUGGAAGUUGAAAUUGAGUUUAGGUAUGAAUGGUUUAAUUAAGGUUAAUGUUACAUAUGAAAAACAAUAACUUGACAGAGAAAUGUCUUGUGUGAAGUUAUGUGAAGAGUGAUGAGCUUCAGGACUGAAUGAUGUCAACUCAUGCCCGCCGAACCAGAAUUCAGUGAAUAGAUAACAUUUCUUGUGCAGUUUUUGCAGAGAAAAACUAAAAUCAGCUGUUGUCUGAGGAGUAAUGCAUAUAUAAACAUAUAUAACAAGUAUAUAUCAUUUCAUUGGAAAAUGGGUUAAUUUCUAAAUUGGUCCUUUGUAGCUCAGUUGGUAGAGGAUGGCGCUUCUAACACCAGGGUAGUGGGUUCGAUUCCCGGAACCAGACAUACGUACAGUUAUGCACGCAUGACUAAGAUAAAAGCUUCUGCUAAAUGGCAAAUAUGAUUAUAUUAUAUGAAACGGUGAGUGAGGAAACUACUGUGUAUUAUGUCAAAUAUCUAUGAUAUGACAUUUAAAAAAUAAACAAUAAUUAGCUAUACAAAUGGCCAGUAGGAAUAGACAUUGUAAGUACAUCAUUUAACUCCCUAUGGACACAAGCAGAUUCUUGAAUAUUUGCAUCUUCUGCUCAUUUAGUAUGGUUAAAUAUAUGAAGCCAUUUCUAGAUAUUUUUUGCUGUUAUAGUGUGAGUGAUUUGGCAUGACUAUAGAUAUUAUUUCAAGUUUAUGCCACUUUACAUAUAUAGGAUGGAUUUUAAGCCUCUCUGCUGCUAAGGAGAGGUAACACAUUGUGCAUGUUAUUAUUUAUUCAAUUGUCCAAUACUCUUGUUAACUGUAGAUUUUGUUUCUAUUCAAUGAACACGGUUUAAAAAGGUCUAACCUCGGUGCAGUACUACACCAACUGUUGCUAUGGUAAUUAUCUUCUACACGUCCAAAAUAUGUUAAUUAAGAUAGUAGACAAGACAGUAGUCGAAAGCUUUUGUAAAUUCCCAUAAAAUGUGUCCUAACAGCUUAUGACAACCACACUCGUAUUACAACACACAUAACCCAGUCAUAAGGUAUAGAACUGUGAAAAAAAAUUACUGGCAUCCUUGUUUGCUAUGCUAUGAUUUAUUACAUAAUUAUUCAAAUGUUAUAAAAGUGUUAUUACUAUGAUGCGACAUGAUGCUAUUCAAAUGCUUUUUGACAGGGUAAAGUGUCAGAGGGGUUGAUUUUAGUGGAUAAAUUGGAAUAGGGGAAACAUGCCAUAACAGCUAUCUUUUCUACAGCACUUCAACAAAUAAAAUACCAGGAUAUGAUGAGUUAUUCAAAAACAAGAAUUUA